AUGGCUGAACACCCGUCCUUCACUCUGGCUUGCCUGCUGCCGGUGGGUGGCAUCGCCGGCUACAUGCGGACGCGUUCCGCUCCGUCCCUGAUCGCCGGUGUCGGCCUGGGUCUCUCUUACGCUUACGCAGGCUACCUGAUCAAAGAGAACAAGGACUACGGCACGGAAUUGGCCCUGGGAAACAGUGUGGUCCUCCUCGUCUCCGGUCUCAUGCGGACGAUCAAGACCCGCGCUAAGGCUCCUAUCCCCAUGGCUUUGGGUGCCACGGGUCUGUUGGCGUCUUUCUACUAUCAGAAGAAGGUGCGCGAGUUUAGAUUCGGCGUGUAA